AUGGAGAACACAGACCUUAUUGCUCGGGUGUACGCCGUCCCCCACGACCAGCGGCGGGCCUGGUACGCGCUGAAGGCGAGUUCACGCUACAUUGCGCCUACGAACUAUAAGGAGGAGGACUGCGUCGAAUAUGGUCGCCACAGUCGAGCCGCGACAGAACUACCAGAAGAGAACAGCGUUCCGGCGCACCUGAACAGGCCCCGCCUCGAUAUAAAAUUCAGUGACAUACCACGAACCAAGCACGGGAUUGUUUUUGGAUGUGAUCCCAACAGCGAUGUUGUCCUCCCCAAUUUGAAAGGUCUCAGCAGGUACCACUUUAGCUUCACGUUCGACGACGCAAAUCGACUCAUCGUCAGAGACUGGGGCUCCCUAAUGGGAACGGAGGUGACCUAUGAUGAUCAAGGAUACGGCACUCGAAGCGACUUCCGAUGGAUCGUCGGCGGCGAUCCCAACGCGGAGGACAAGACGUGCAUCACAAUUACAGUCCACCAAACGGUAAGGUUUCAAAUUAUUGCCGUACCCCAUCACGUGAGUUCGACAGAAUACCUCCACAAUGUCCAGCGGUUCCGCCAAGGCACGGCAAGCGCAGAAGAUCUCUUCCGUGAUCUCGACCUUCCACACCAGCCUGACACGGAACUUCCCACCGGCACCCAUACGCCUAGCAGACGGGAUAUUCACCUGCGGAAACAGCUUGGCAGGGGAUCAUUUGGUACUGUGACGCAUUUCUGGAACGUCAGCGAUGGGAGCGAGUACGCUCUGAAGGAACCUACCGCGAAAGCGAUACGACUGAAACAAAGCAACAAGAUCGCAUGGCGGGAUGUGGAGAGGGGGUGGAAGCAGGAAGCAAACAUUAUGGCUGGUCUCUCCCAUCCGAACAUCGUACGACUCUUGUUCGCCGACUUCGAUGUAUAUCCACGAUUGUACCUGGAAUACAUCCCCGGAGGCACCUUGGAGAGUUACGGUGAUUUCUCUAUUGUCGAAUGUGCCUCGGUUCUAUCUCAAUGUCUGUCGGCGUUGAAGUAUCUGCACGCGAGAGACCCACCACUUGCGCACCGUGACAUCCAGCCGGGCAACAUUCUCGUUCAAUUGCGGAGUCCAGACCUGAUUGAAGUCAAAUUCGGUGACUUUGGCUUGUCGAAGGAUAACGGCGAGUUAUUGACGAUUUGUGGAAGCCACAAAUAUCUUGCGCCAGAGAUAUAUAAAAUCCAGGAGCGCGUCAAUGCUGGUGGAAGAGAGAAGAUGACUUACACCGUCGCCGUUGAUGUCUGGUCCCUUGGUGUCGUUGUAUAUCAGAUGAUGAGCGCCCUGCCCCACUACAAAUCUCACUACCAGUCAGAUUGGUGCGAGAAAAUCGCCAACAAGCUUGCAAGGGACCUUUCGAGACGACCGGAUGAGCUGCAAGGAUUCCUCCUCGAUGCGAUGGUGGUUCUAUCGCCGGCAAAGCGACGCUCAGCCAGGGAGUGCUAUGACCGAUUGCUGCUCCUUGGCAUUAUCGCGCAAGUGGGGAAGGCAGCGAACCGGCCGACGCUCGAGGGUGUACAGGUUACUCUCCAUCGGUAG